CUACAACCUCUGAUAAUUGGAACAAAUUGGCGGAUCGGAAGCUUUUUUCAGACAGUGUAUGAUGUACGAACGAAGGUCAGCCACUUUGUCUCAUAGUAUCCUCAAAUUGCCCGCUAGCUGAGAUGGACUUCAGUCCAACCCAACUGUAGCCUAUAGGGACAUACUUGGCAGAUGUGCGUUGUUUGAGAAGAGGCAGCGUCUGUGCGUUUACGUCAAUUUUUCUGAACCGCCCGCCUACCAGGGCGUUCUGCUGCGAGUUGGAUCCCCACUCCAGACGGCACAGUCGGGGCCGCACUGUUCACUUGCUGUGCGCUGCUUUUCUUAUUGAUCCAGACUGCAUGAGCAGACAGCGAAAGGAGAUCCGACAUUGGGACGCAUAUGGCUCGAUGACAUGAUGUUCCUGCCCUUCUCCCCUCCCUUCUCCCCUCCCUCCCUCUCUCUCUUCCUCCUCCUCCUUUCCCUCCCUCCGUCCCUCCUCUCCCCGGCCCUCUCCCAUUCCCCUCUGAGCUGGACCUCGCCCCAUGACCCGUGCUACCACCUGGACGGGCGUCCACGCCACUGCCUGUCAGAAUUCAUCAACGCCGCGUACGGGCUCCCCAUCAGCGCCGCCCACUCCGUGCGAGGAUCCUCCGAGCGCGACGCCAACAUCUCCUCCCUCACGGAUCUCCACAACCCCCACAACCUGACCUGCUGGGCAGCCCAGGGAGGGGUGUCGGACGGCGGGGACUGGGCCGUCACCCUCCCCCUGGGCAGGCGCUUCGAGGUCACCUACAUCAGCCUGCAGUUCUGCCAGCAGGGGGAGCCCUCCGACCCGGUCUCCAUCUCCAUCCUCAAGUCCAUGGACCACGGGAGGACCUGGAAGCCCAUGCAGCACUACUCCAGCGACUGCCCUGGGAGAUUCGGCAUGCCGGCCCAGACCGUGGCCCAGACCAGGCACCAGGAGACGGAGCCACUGUGCUCUGACCCCCGGCCUCUGCAGAGGCACCGGGGGGGCAUGGUUCUGGCCUUCUCCACCCUGGACGGAAGGCCCUCCUCUCCGGACUUCGACUACAGCCCCACCCUCCAAGACUGGGUGACAGCCACAGACAUCCGGGUGGUGUUCCACCAGCCUGAGCCGAGGGUGGGGAAGGUUGAGGAGAAGGCAGGGGAGGGUGGGGGCGUCAUAAGGGGAGGAGGUGGGGUUUUGAGGUGGCGGGCAGGCUCCAAAGGUGUGACUGGAGAUAAGGUCACUGGGGAUAAUAUGUUGGGCUUUGUGGAAAAGGAGACAAGGACAAAAAAUACAGAAAACAGAGGGAGGAACGGGGCUGAAAAGAUGGAUAAAUCUUGGAGGCGGGGCCACAAUAAAGGGGCGGGGCAGGGGGAGGAGGGGCAUAACGUAACCAGGAAGGAAGAUGGGGACCCCCAUCCCAGGGAUAUCGCUACUUCCUCUAAGAAAGGAAGUAGCAAGGGGAAAGGGCGUGGCCGCAAAAGGGAGGGACACCAUUUGAGGCCAUGCCAGGAUGGGAAUUGUGAUUGGAGGGUUGAGGGUCAGGGGCGGGACAACAAGGGGCGGGAAUUCAGGCGACGGAGGAACAACAAUCGUAACUCCAGACAGAAGUCGAGGAAUCUCCAGUUGACUCGUCCCUCUCCGCUAAUGUCCUCCCCUCCUGUCCGCCCCCCCCUGGCGCUCUCAGACCUUCAGGUGGGGGGUCGGUGUAAAUGCAAUGGCCACGCCUCUCGGUGUCGCCGCGACGACUCAGGACGGGCUGUGUGUGUGUGCGAGCAUCACACGGCGGGGGCGGACUGUGAUGUGUGUGAGGACUUUUACUACGACCGGCCCUGGCAACGAGCCACGCCCUCUCAGCCUCACCCAUGUGUCUCAUGCGAGUGUAACGGCCACUCCUCCAAGUGUAGGUUCAGCAUGGAGGUGUUCCAGCAGUCAGGCCGGCGCAGUGGGGGGGUGUGUCUGAAGUGUCGGCACCACACGGCGGGGCGCCACUGCCAGUACUGCCAGAACGGCCACACACGAGACCACAGCAAGGCCCCGAGCCACCCCAAGGCCUGCCAACCGUGUCAGUGUCACCCUAUGGGUGCGGUGGGCCACUGGUGUAACCAGACGUCUGGUCAGUGUCUAUGUCGGGACGGCGUGACGGGGCUCAGAUGUAACCGCUGUGCCCCUGGGUACAAGCAGGGAAGCUCUCCUCUGCGCCCCUGUAUACGAAUUCAAGAGGUUGCCCCCACAGCCAUGUACCAGCCUCAAUACAGCAUAGCUGAGGAAUGUAUUUCGUACUGCCAACCCUCCCAGGUCGAAGUUAAGAUGAAUCUGGAGACCUACUGUCUAAAAGACUAUGUUCUGAAGGUCCAGAUACGGGGGAUGGAACGUUCUGGUCCCUGGUGGCAGUUCUCCAUCUGGAUCCAGACCGUCUUUCGUACAGGGUCUCCCUCGCGCGUGCGCAGGGGCCCCCAGGCCCUCUGGGUCCCUGACCGGGACCUGGGCUGCGGCUGCCCCGCCCUCCACGUGGGCCGGACUUAUCUGCUGAUUGGUGCGGAGGAAGGUGGGCGGGGCUGGGGCCCGGAGGAGAGCAGACUGGUGGCUGAUAGGUCGACGCUGGCACUACAGUGGCGUGAGCACUGGAACCCCAAACUGAGGGGGUUCAGGGGGCAGGAUAAGAGGGGGCGCUGCCCUCUGAAGUCUCCAGACCACCAGGGGGGGAUAGCCAAGCCCCAGAAGGGGUAUAUCCCACCUCAUCUAAUGCCAGAGCAAGAGACUGAGGCGUACACAGCAAACACACAUCAUCCACCGACACACACACGCUCGGUCGUUGCGGGAGACACGCCCGCGCAGGAGGCCGAGGAAUCUCUCACGCCGGACACACACGUCCACACACACUAUUCACACGGCCAAACUCACACACAACCCUCAGCCCCCCCCUCUCCCUCCAUCCCCGCUCUUGUCUGCUCCACGCAGAGUCCCGUCUGAAGCAGGAGGCUGGAGAGAGAAAGAACCAGCGAUGAGGGGGGGGGAAGAAAAGAUGGGCUCGACCCCUUCUGUCCAAGAAGUUCGGCGACAUGGAAUAGCCCAAAAUGGGGAGAACUUCAAACUCGUUCGUUUGAAAGAUCACACACUGGAAGGCUAGAGAAACGGGUUCCCUCUCCACUGACUGCUCCGUGAGGGAAGUUGCCAGGUUCUUGGAAAACAGAUGCCUGUUUUCCUGCCUCAAAGGAUCUGAAAAAGAUCAAAGUCUCUUGUCCCCAGCAGUGUGUGGCUGUGUGUAAUGAUCAAGGGUGCUGCAUGGAAAAGAAUGUUCCUCUGAUUCCUUAAGUUUCAGAUAGAACCUUUGGUGCAGUUUGGAAUCCUAAAUGGUUCUUUCCGGAACCUACAUGGGGCCUUUAUUCUGUAAAGUUCUACUGUUGUAACAAGGGGUUCUAUAACACUCUUGUUUAGAGAGGUCUCACGACCAGAGAACUUAGAAUGUUUUUUUCUACUGAGUAAAUGUUUUUAAUCUGUGAGCGACUGAACACUAGAAAGUGGAGCAAAAAUUGUGAUUUAAUACGUCUUAUCAUGGCAAAUUAUUCUCUGUUUUCUGUUUCUUAAAUUUUACUUUGGGUAUUUAUGCUUGGAAUUAUUUAGUUGUAUUUUAAUGGAGAAAACGAUAUCAAUCAAACGUGCUGUUUUGUGUGACUAAAGACCACAAAUUACUCAAUGACGUCAGAAAGAAAAACUACAUUUUGGUUUGUGUCUCAAAAUAACACAGUUGAACAUUCUACCUCAAGUUAAAAUGAACAUAGGGAUAAUAAAAUGUUUUCGUUUAUCACACUAUCAUACAGCUGCUUAUACUGUUAGACAGUUAUAAUUCUGCCACUGGGGGAAACAUACACACACACCCACACAAAUACCCACGCACACAAACACCUCCACACACAUAUAUACAAAUAUAAAAGGUUGUGACAGACACACUGUUUCGAUACAUUUGACAGAGGACAUAGCAGGCUGAGAUCAAGGAUAAACCCAAGCACAGACAUUCAGACCCAGACGAGAUAGAGAUCUAGAAAGGAUUUGUCCUUUGUGAUGUCAUGGGUUCUGUUUUGGGUCCGGAACGUCCAGCCCUGUCGCCCCAUGGCAGGAGACAGAUGGGGUUGCUCCCAUUCGUCAGCUGAGGUGUUUUGGCCAACUCUGUGUGAGGGAUUGGUUGGCCAGCGUCAUGUUGUAGCCUGAGAUUGAAAAUAAAAGCAGGAGAAAA